UUCCUCCCCCUUUUCCAAUUCUUUCCAAAAUUUUCCCAUCACUUUCUCUCUCUUUCUCGAGAAAAAGUCUCAUUUAGCUCUCUCUCUCUCUCUCUCUCUCUCUCUCUCUCAGCUAUAACCUUUUCAAGCUCAUCAUACCACCAUCUCUUUCCAGUAAUCUGCAACUCUCUCAACCCACCCACAAAAAAGAAAAACAGGCAUCACUGUUCUUAUAUUCCCAAGAUAUAGAGAAACCCCACCAAAAAAAAAAAAAAGACUGGGAAAAAAAACCCAGAUUUUCAAAAUUGAAGGCACAGGACAACUUCCUCUCCUUUUCUACCCCCAGUUUUCAGCUGUGUGGGAGAGCACAAAGUGACCCUUAUCUCGUUUUCUCUACAGAAGACCAGAAGCAAGCAAGAAAAAAGUUCAUAGCUCGUACUCUGAUCUCUGUGUGAACUCUAAGUUGGUGUCCAGAUGGAAGAAGAGAACUACUUUCCUGAUCUUUCCCUCCACAUAAGCCCCCCCAACAGUGCCCCCUCCUCGAUCUGCGGCGGUGGUAACAACGAAGGGGACUCGAACUCGAGCUUCAACAUUUGGCGGAGAGGCGCCGGGGAUGACGAUGAAGACUAUCGCUACGCCCUAAGGUCCCACAGCGACAGUUCCAUCCUCAAGGCCGAUGUCGCUGCGGACACCCGGCUCUCCCUAUCGAAUUACCCCGCCGCUGCCGAGGCCGCGAACAACCCUUUAGAGGCUGAGAGCCCGUGGCGGAGGACCGUCGGCGAUGUGCACAAUGGAGAUCACCGAGGAGAAGAUUAUUUCAACAGGAGGCAUGUGAUUGGCAAUGGAAGUCUCGGCCACAUAAGCAGCGGGAUGUCGCUCCUCGGUGUCUCGGACAAGCUUCGACCGAUCAAGGGCAUUCCCGUGUACAACACCGGCGCUUGUAGCAAUUCCUUCCCGUUUCCUCUGCAGGCAGAUCGCAAUUUCCCCAGAGAUGUGAUGACAACGAGGGACAAUAAUCCGAAGUCAUGUUGCAAUUUGCCCCGGCCAAGCAACAACAUGAUGAACAUGAACAAUAGUUCUAGUAGUCCAAGCAAUUACUUUGAGCCCAUGUACGUGUUGAAUUCCGGCGGCGACGGGGGCGGUUCGAGAUUCAACGGGAUAACGAUGGAUAAUCUGAACCACAAUUUCAAGUCAAGGCAGAUGAUGAUGAUGCAGUACAUACAUCACCACCACCAGUAUGGAUCGCCGGGCGAAUCGAUGGUCUCGAGAUUCAGGUUCGCGCCCAAGUUGCAGAGCAACAAGAGGAACAUGAGGGCUCCGAGGAUGCGUUGGACUAGCUCUCUCCAUGCCCGCUUUGUUCACGCCGUUGGGCUUCUUGGUGGCCAUGAAAGAGCUACACCAAAAUCAGUGUUGGAGCUAAUGGAUGUGAAGGACCUAACACUAGCUCAUGUGAAGAGCCAUUUGCAGAUGUAUAGGACUGUUAAGAACACUGACAAAGGAGCUGCGGUCUCAGAUGGAUCUGGUGAUGAAGACUUCUUGCCCCCCUUAAAAACAUUCCAGCAAAAUGGAAACCACAGAGCUGAUGGUUCUGAUUUGAGUGCUUCCACUGGACAUAACAUGUGGACUAACUGUUCAAGCGAUGGAGAGAGGCCGCAUAGCACCAAUUCUAGAGAUGUUGAUGGGACAACAAGGCCAGAAAUCAUUUCAUCUCAACAUAACUCUGAGGUGGAGUAUAUGGGCCAACAGAGAGAUUGUACGAGAUCAAGCUUGAAUAUGAACGCUCCAAGCUUGGAGUUCAGCCUAGGGAGAUCCGAUUGGCGUGGCAAUGUAUAUGACUCCUAAUUAGACGCAUAAAAAAAUGUUUUUUUAAUGCAUAUAGAUGGGAAAUAGUGUAGAGCACAUUAAUUAAUGAUAUAACUUUUUUGAUUUAACGAAGUCAUUUUUUCCAC